AUGCUCGCAUCCCUUUUCUUUUACUGGGACUUAAACAUAGGCCCAACGUCAAACCUUAUAUAUUGGGCUGAAACCUUUGAAUGGUUUACGGUUCUAGCCUUUCUAUUAUUCUUAUCCCAUCGUCUUAAUCAAACCAAACCUCGAAAAUUGGAUCUUAUUAUUGUUGCCAUACUUUUAUGUUCUCACAUGGCACUUAAGAUAGCAGCUAUCAGUGGCACAAGUAUAGAGCUAUUUAGGGCGACAUAUGUCAUAGAGAUGAUAGUGGUCAUAUAUAUUACUAGUAGUAUAUUCUGUCGUCAGAGUGAUUAUUUAGUUUGGAAUUUCAUGAGGGGCAUAAUAUUUUGCGUUUUUCGUAUCAUAACCUAUAUUGACUUCUUUAUUGCAUACUACGUGUUUUUGAUGGCUCUCUCUUUCAUUGUCCUAUUCGAUCCUAAUGCAACCCGGUAUACCAGUACCCCCACAACAUAUCCUUCCGUACCAAGCAACAAUCCGAUAGUGACAUCGAGGACGGGUUCUCCAGAAAUCAACAAUCCUCCAGAAACUACAAUUCGAAUGACAGAAGUGAUCUUAACUAUGGUCGAGGUGCGCCAAGUGUCAUCUACAUGA